AUGGUGUUUCUUAAAAGGUCCACACUUAGAAGGAAGGUCAUAGAACGGUUUGAAGAGCUUCAAUUGAAUCUUAAGAAACGACUACAACAAUUUUCAUCUAAAAUGUUAUUUACCAUUGAUGGAUGGACGUCAAUUGCUGGUAGGAGUUACUACGGGGUCACUAUUCAUUAUAUAGACAACGAAUGGAAGUAUCGAUCUGUAGUCCUUGAUUUUAUACCAUCACGCGUUCGACAUACUGGGGAAGAUAUUGCAACGAUUUUUCACGAAUGUUUAUUGGAAUAUGACAUAAUUGAUAAAAUACAGGGUAUCACGGUCGACAACGCAACUGCAAAUACCAAAUUUAUGCAUGAAUUGGACAAACAGCUGCCACACUUUGAUUCAGACAAUCAACAUUUCCGGUGCUUUGCUCACAUUUUGAACCUUGGUGUACAAGAUUUAUUAAAGACCUUAGCAUUACACAGUGAAACUGACAAUAAGGGACAAGAACAGUAG